AUGCCCUCGUACGUUGUCACCGGCGUUUCGAAGGGCCUGGGCUGGGAGUUCCUAAACCAGCUCUCCAGCGACCCGAAAAAUACCGUCGUGGGUAUCGUCCGGAACAAACCGCCGACCGACGCGCGGGUGGCCUCCGAGCUGCGCGGACGAUCAAAUAUCAAGAUCCUGGAGGCCGACCUGACCAACUACGACCAGUUGAAGAGAGCGGCCUCUGAAACUGCAGAGAUUACGGGCGGCAGCCUCGACUAUCUCUUCGCCAAUGCGGCAUACGUCACGUCCUUUGAUACUUACGAUGGCAUCGGUGUCUUGGGGCAGAAGCCUCAGGAGCUGUCGGAAGAGUUCCGCCAGCUGAUGGAGACCAACGUGCUCGCCAACAUCCACCUGUACAACUUGUUCAUGCCGCUGAUCCUCAAGGGCGACGCCAAGAAGGUCGUGGUUAUCACCAGCGGCUUGGCCGACAUCGACUGGACCAACGAAUACGAUCUCGAAACGACCGCGCUCUACGCCACGAGCAAGGCCGCCAUGAACAUGAUCACGGCCAAGUUCAACGCGCAAUACAAGAAGGACGGCGUGCUUUUCCUCAGCGUCUGCCCAGGCUUAGUCGAGGUCGGCCACUUCCAGGACCCCAGCCCGAAGGAGCGAGAAACAUUUCGAAAAAUGUUGGUCAAAUUCAGCAAGUACGCGCCCAACUUCAAGAGGCCAGAUACUCCGGAGGUGGCUAUUAAGGCCGUCCUGUGGGUAGUGCACAGCUCGAGCAUCAAGGACGGAGACGGCGGCCGGUUUCUGUCUCACUUUAAAAAUAAACAGUGGCUGUGA